AGAGAGGUUGACAAUCAAAUCUAACUCAUCUUCCCAAUGGAACCAAAAACUUUGAUAUUCGUCGUCAUUAUCAUAGUUAUCAGCACUCCACUUCCUUCUCUCUCUUUUCAAUUCCCAUCCAACAAAACACCAACAAUAUCAACACUAACUUCUUCUCAAUACAAAACCCUAGCCCGCAACACCAUUCAGCAGCAGUUUCUCCGACCACACAACAUCUUACGAGCCAAGCUUCGUCUCCCUCCUCUCAAAUGGAGCAAUAGUCUCGCCCUCUACGCGACCCGGUGGGCCCAAACCCGCCGUGGAGAUUGCAAACUUAUCCACUCCGGGGGACCUUACGGGGAGAAUCUCUUCUGGGGAAGCGGAAAAGGGUGGACUCCAUGGGACGCGGUGGCUGCAUGGGCCUCGGAGAUGAAAUACUAUGACCGGAGGACUUACCACUGCAAGGCGAAUGGGGAUUGUUUGCAUUACACGCAACUUGUAUGGAAGAAGAGUUCGAGGAUUGGGUGUGCAAUCAGUUUUUGCAAGACCGGUGCCACAUUUAUUAUUUGCAACUAUGAUCCUCCUGGUAAUAUUGUUGGACAACCACCCUUUUGAGUAUUGUCUACACUUUAUCUUUACCUAUAUUUUCCUCAACUAUGUACACUUUAUCUUUACUUAUGUGAAAUCUUGGAUAUUUUUCAUAUUGUAUGUAAGAUAACGAAAAUGAUUUACGUUUUCUCUUGUAUCGGUAUCAUAUAUAUGCUAAACUUUUCGGGUAAGGUUUCAUUUAUAUUAAGCCACCAAUAAAACACCUGAUUUUCA